UCUGGUUGAUAGCAUGCAAAGAGUUUCAAAAUGUACUCCUUAUAAACUAUGUCCCUGUGUUUCAUUAUGUUAGGCUCUUGGAGGACUACGUGCAGGCAAUAGAGGGUUUGAAGAAGAAUCUGUUGCAGAAAUCUUCCCCUAAUGGCCUCACCUUUGUUGGAGAACUUUCACAUGGACAGUUCAGCCCGAAGAUGGACCAUCUGGUGUGUUUCCUGCCGGGCACGCUGGCUCUGGGGGCCCACCACGGCCUCCCUGCUGAUCACAUGGAUCUGGCCAAACAGCUGAUGGAGACCUGCUACCAGAUGUACAUCCAGAUGGAGACGGGCCUCAGUCCAGAGAUCGUCCACUUCAACAUGCAUGAGGGCAGCAUCCGAGACAUCGACGUAAAGCUUGCAGAUAGGCACAACCUCCUGCGGCCGGAGACAGUGGAGAGCCUCUUCUACCUGUACAGGUUCACCAAGGACCACAAGUACCAGGACUGGGGCUGGAACAUUCUGCAGAACUUUAACAAGUACACCAAGGUUUCCUCAGGGGGCUACACCUCCAUCAACAACGUCCGUGACCCGGACUACACCAGCCCUCGAGACAAGAUGGAGAGCUUCUUCCUGGGAGAGACCCUGAAGUAUCUGUACCUGCUUUUCUCAGACGAUCCCAGCUCCAUCAGUCUGGACGAGUAUGUGUUCAACACUGAAGCUCACCCCCUGCCUAUAUGGCCCUCCACAGCCUGACACAAACAUACCCAGGAAUUGAAAUGGCCGAUAGAACUGCCUGUAGAAACUGAACACAUCUCAGGGUUGGUCGAACACCAAGAUAACUCCUAUCUCUGUGACUGAAUUUUGUCUGAAUGACAAGCACACACCAGAGGGAGCGUCUCUGUUACUGAUUCCAUCAAUCUGUGUGAAGAGGGGCCGGGGUCAAUUUGUAGACUGGUUUAUUAUUCACUGGUGGAUUUUGUUGCAUGGACUCUGGUAGUGAGUGUAUGCUGAUGAAGCAGAGGAAGGUUUCCUUCCUCUACCAUCUGCUUUAAAGAGAAACCUGAUUGUGACUUGAAUCAAAGAUGUCUUGAACACAUGAAGGUGUUGGAUGGCUGAUACUGAGAUUUCCAGUUUGAAGCUGUUCAUUGCUUACAGCUGUGCACAUAACUUCAAACACAAAUGUACAUUUUAUGUCGGGGAAAAAAACAUGUUGUAUUUAUCCCCUGCAUUGUAUCCAGUGAAAUGGUUUCUUAAGCUCGCAUCUGCUAUGGGGGUGCAACCCGGUGCUGAGGUCAGCAGGCUGGUGCCUUGUAGCAGACGGUUACUGACAGCAGCCAGCAGCUGUCCGACCUGAAGCUUCCUGUGUGUCUGCUGCUGCCCCCCCUCUGUCACAGCUCUGUACUGCUGUGACUCCUGCAGGGCUGCAAGACAAAGCUAAUGAGUCCAUCACACUGUGUCAUAUAGUCAUUUUGUCUGGCUAUGACUAUCCUCAGAUGCCCUCGGUGCUCGCUCAGUCCAGUAUUCGCUUUCCCAUGCUGCAUUCAUGUCAUACAGGAGAUGUGACUUUACUGCAUAAAAGUACCAUCCUAGAUCAGUGCAACUCAAGGAGUAGCAUUCAGUUUAGUUUGUGGAGGACACUGACUUCAAUUCCGCAGGGUCAGGGGAUAUCAAGAUAAUAUUUCUCCGUUUGUCAGAGAUGAUCGUAUGUCAUGCUGUGGAGCAGUGCUGGAAGCAUUAUUCAGAUCGUAAACUUCAGUAAAAGCACACAAUACUGUAACACACUUACAUGCCUCAACGCCCAAGCAACGCUUUUUUAUUUUUGCAACCUGGCAACCCAGCAGUUUUCCCAAUGCCCGACAUGAUUGGUGGACCCUGACUGGCAGGCCAGGCAGAGCUACGUUCAUGAAUGGAACAUGGUGGACAUCUGCUCAGCAGAGUCUGGAGCCAUGCAGAUUCUUAAACUCUGACAUGUAACCUUUGAUAAUCAAGGUCGGAAAAGGUCCAGAGUUGUAGGAGAAGAGUGUGUGUGUGUGUUGCUACCCCAUAAAGGAUGGCAAGUUAUUAAUAACUUCUUGCAAUCGUAUAAUUCCCAUUUGUCAUGAAUGUAUCUGUACUCUGGACUGACUUUGUUAUGAUUUCAGUUAUUGCCAAGCAGCAGGUUUAUUAGUGAAGUGUGAAGCUUGUCUUUUGUGAGGAUAUCAGUGAGUUAUAAGCAUUAAUGAUAUUUUUUAUCAUUUUUCUGAGAAGCUGCUCUUUUCACUGAUUGUUCCAUUUCUCCUUCUGUUUUUCUUGGUAUGGUGUGACAUUCCUCUGUUUCUCUUUGAAGUGAUAGCAAUUCAUUUAAAAUAUAGAUUUAGCGUGCGAUCAUCUUAAUACAGUCAGCUCUUGUGCAUUUUUUGUUUUCAAAGUAGCAACCUCACAGCAGCUGCAUUCAUUCCUGUAAAUACUAAUAGUUUACAUCAUAGCUCUAUUCUGUUAUGACUUUAAGACCAAACUCAUCUUGUGUAUUCUUCCUUGGUGUUGUUUCACAUGUGCCUUCAAAAUACAACUGUUGACUUGCUGAUGUCUAUACAUUCAGUCUAUUAUUAACAUGUGCAUCCAUUGCUGGUUAGCCACAGUGUGAUCAUUAUGAAAACUGCAGAAUGCAAAUAUGACUAUUUUUACGAUGGAAUAAUAAAGUAAGGAUUUCUAUUUUUUCAGCAGUCUUUAGGUUUACAGAAAGCUCAUCUAUAGCAGUGUAAGUAUUGACAUCCUGCCUGAAGAGGCGCUAUGACCCCUCCCUAGAUGUUUUCAGCAUAAUUCCUGAGCCAAAAAUAUGCUGAACAUAUUAUCAACCCUAGUGUUUGGUAUAGUAAAAAUGAAAAGCCAUUUCUACAAAGCAGCCUGUUUCAGGUAAAACUAUUUUCAGUGCUUUUGAUAAGGGUCUGUGGGGUUUGAAAUCACUUCUGUUUGAGACAGACUGCUUUAAGUGGAGGCUGUGCCAUGCUGCACACAAACAUUUUAUAUUUGUGUUGGUUUUUAUUGUCACAUGGUGAAUGAUAAACUCAGGAUCGACUUUAAAUGAGUAGAAAUUGUAGAAAUUAAAGAGAUUUUAUUGAACAGAAUAUUUGUGUUGAUCAAUGACUCAUCGUGUUUUGGUGUCUUGGGAUAGAAAUGGAGCAUACAGCAGGGUCAGAUCCUCCCCUCAGCUGGUGUGUGAGGGGAGGAUGGAGAGGCUGCAGAUCCAAUGAUCUAAAUGUUUGGAUCUUGAAACUCAAACUUUGUAAUGCUAUUGCAUUUGGAAAAAAAAAGAGCAAGCAAAAUGUUACGCAAGCUGUUUGACAUGUCCAUGAUGACUUUCAUUUUCCUCGACCGAGCAGCUCAUCCAAUCAUUCUGUGCAUUGUAAAGUCCAUUAUUUCCCUCCAUGUCGGCUAAAUUCCAGGGCUAACUCUGCGUGUUCCAAAGCCAUGUAGAGCUUUAAAGUGAGCCGCUCCUCCUCCACCCACUGAGCGAUGAGCUC